CCGUCAACGGCUGAGCCACAGAUGGCACAGACGCGGCGCCGUCAACGCCCACAGUUUCACAAGUGUCUCCAUCCAUCUCACGCCGACAUACCAUUUAUACCUGCAGCGCGCGACACAGCGAAACAUCGCUACUGGCAUUUCGGCUGGCCACUGUCAGACCAGUUCGUUAACAACUUCCUAGACAUGUACAUUCCUGGCUUCCUCGACGGCGACCGCCCUACUCCGGUCAAGUACGGCAGGUUCAUGUGCUUGACGAAGUUCUAUAUCCGCUCCACUCGGCUGUUUCUCGUCCUCGUCGAACCUGAUGUGGAAUUCGCGCCGUCGCAGAGCCCAUUCGCGGACGCUGACGAGAAGGCGUCGACGUUCCUCAUGGUGGUCUCUGACUGUAGCCCACGCUACUUCACCAAGCGGCCUACGAAGGACCACAUGGCGAGGCUUACCCGCAUGUUUGGUACAGCACCGCGGUGGAUGAUGGACGCGAGGGAGAAGAAGAGAUGGCCUGAGUACGGUCACACAUUAUAAUCAGCAAUCAGCAUAGGAACGGGGGUUUCCUUGAUGUUGUAAUGAUCCAGCUGCAGAGUGAAAGUAUUAUUAUAGGACGCCUCACCAAGGAGCGUAUGCAUCGGCCACAUUAUCUGGGCACAUUUU